AUGGACAGCAAGCGCAAGGCCAAUGGGCCUUCAUCCGCUGAGAACGACGAUAGAGGCUCUAAGCGCCGUAGACUUACUAAUGAUUUCGAUCUCUCAAAAGGCGAGAACUCAGAAUCCACAACGGCGUAUGGAUUGUCCUUUCUGGAACUCCUUCGCAAGACUGCCGACAAGAGCGGCCGUCUUGUCGCGACCAAUUUCGAAGAGCUACCACCCCGCGAUGGAAAUGACGAUUAUUACGAAAACACGCGCAUGCCCAUCUCAAUAUCGAUGAUCGAGAACAAACUGAAUAAUCGCGAAUUCGAGAAUCUUUCUGAGCUCGAGGGCUACUUUAAACGCAUGAUUAGCAACGCGAAGGAAUUCUAUUCUCGGUCCGAUCCAGAAUUCGACGAUGCCGAGCGAAUCAGAAAGGCUCUCAGCAACUACAUGACCAAGACGAAUCCAGCUUACGAAGCGCGUGGCUAUCAAGUUUUGCCUACUCCAUUUCCCGAUGAAGAUGGAGAGGAUAAUCAGGAUGAUGACGAGAUUGAAGAAAACGGCGAGGAAGAAGAUGAGGACGACGAGCCUGAAGAGCCCGAAGAAGAUGACGAAAAAGAUGACGAAAAAGAUGACGACGAAGAGGAAGAGGAAGAGCUGCCAACUUCUCGCCGGCGAACAACGAUCACCCUCAAGCGGAGGGGACCUGACCGAACGCCAGCAAGAAGAGCAUCAGCAAGAGGCAAGGAGACUCCAAAGCCAGCAGCCCCUGCAGCAAAGCCCGACCACCAAUAUGAGGAUUUGCCCUUCAAGGGUCUAUCUUUCCAGCAAGCACAAGAAAAGCUCGUUGAGGAAGUCAUACGACGUGAAGACCCUGGAUAUGAUGGUCCUUAUUUCGAAGCUUUUAUCAACCUACCGCCUCGCUCCUUGAAGGAGUACUACAAAGUCAUCAGUGAUCCCAUGUCACUGAGAAAGUUGCAGAGGGCAGUAAAGGGCAUGCAUGGCCGAGGUGGUAGCACAGGGAUCAGUGAUUUCAAGUCCUGGGCUGCUUUUGAGGAGAAAGCAAAGCUAUUGUGGACUAAUGCGUACUUUUUCAACGAGGAGGGAAGCGAAAUUUACUCUGUCGCUCAGGAACUUGAGGAGUUCUUUACUGAACAGCUCAAACUGGCACAAGCUGAUGUGCCAGAACCAUUGCAACCAAAGAUUAAACUUAAGGUUGGCGGUACUAGCGACACCCCUGCGCCGGGACCUAAGAAAAUUACCAUCCAUGUUGGAGGCCAACGGGAUUCUGCAGAUUCACCAGCGCCGGGUCAACAAAAAGAGGCGGCAAACGGCCUCGGCGUCAAUGGUACAACACGCACUUCUACGCCUGCUCAGGCCAUCAACCCCCAGCCGGAAAAGGCCAGAAGUACAUCCGUCUCUGCUGCCCCAUCUCCAAGCCCAUCUACACAAGCAGCCUCGAAAACAGAAGAAGCUGCCCCUGCCGCAUCACCAGCCGUCGUGCAACAGCCUCAUAACGCUUUCCCUGCUGGCCAAGCUACGCCUGGAGUUCCUACCGCCGCAACAGGUCCUAUUUUUGCUCCCAUCCCUGUCGCGCCACCUCAGCCAAUAACCAACCCAUUGAUUAACGGCUACAUGGAUCAGAAGCAUCCUCGGCGUCCUGGCAAAGGCCUUGACGAUGCCCUUAUUGAAAGUGUGAAAAUACAAGUUCAUCCAACCCUACAGUCACACAGUCCCGUGCUAGCGACCGUCAAGCCAAACCCCAAGGAGAUGGACCAGGCCGCCACCGUCAACCUGCCCUCUCAUCUUACACGAAUCCUUGUCGUUACCGCAAUACCCAACCAUUUACACAACAGACAGUACAGCCUGUGGACAUUAGUAAACAAGCAACCUUUCAAGCCCCUUCACCUUCAAGCUCCUGGCCAGAAACCCAACGAGCGUGCGUUCGAGGCCAUGCUGCAUCAUGGAAUCAACGUAAUUGAAACACAUCUUAUUGCCGCUAUUCCCCGAGAUGAGCGUGUGCCAGGGGGUCCGGAGGUUGAGCUUGAAGUGUUCACCAUCACCGUCAACGUGCUGCGGAACUAG